AUGCGUGAAACAUCGUUCAUCAUGUCGGUUUCUCUGGCCGCAGGCGCCAUAUCCCUAAUUGGAUCCAUGCUUUUUCUUCCUCGCCUUUACUGGGAGAUGGUUGACCUAAAGGACGAGGUGUUUGAAGCCGUUGGCAGCUUUCAAGCAAGUCUGAAUCAAUUGCAGGUUGAAACGGAUUCGUCAUGGAUCGAGCUGAUGAACGUGCAGGUCAGCCACACCCCUCCAUCGAAACCAAGAGAAAAUCCACUUCUGAGGAGGGAAAAGAGGUAA